AUCAGAAUUGGGAUUUGCGCAGCCUCAGUCUGCCAGGCCAACACCACGGAUUACUGAUUAGGAGAUUUCUCGCAUUCCCCAAGAAUGAAAUCCUCUCGUUCCAGAAAACACCAGCAUCCCCAUAAUCUGCCAGCUUCACUGUGGUUUAGUAGUGUGGAGUUUGAUUCAGAAACUCCUCAUGACUUCUUGUCACUGGGAUAUUGGCCAAUAUCCUGACUCGUUUCAGUGCCUCUGUGAGUAAGCUGUGGCUUGGGGAGUUUCUGUAAAGUUUUCUCUUCAUUGUUAAUUCUCACCCAGACGACCUCUGAAUUUGGAGAAUGCCCUCUCCCCUUUAGCCGUGGUGGUGUUGGAAGCAGAGACGUACGGGUUGAAGAGACAGAGUGCAGCCCGCACUCGACGGCAGGGAAGGCGCUCCACCAGGUGUCCAGAUGGUUUGUGAAAUGAAACUGAAGAACUCUCUUGGGGCCAACACGGACGGCAGCAUCUUGGAGAGGAUCAGCGCCAUCGCCAUCAACCCUCAGCAGGUCCUGGAGGAUGUCCUGCCCAAAGUGCCCAGAACAGUGAGGGUGUCCGACGUGCCCAAGCUCUUCCGUGAGCCGUACAUCCACAGUGGCUACCGUCCAGUGGAGCAGGACUGGAAGUACUACCUGUUCAGCCUCUUCCAGCGGCACAACGAGGCUCUCAACGUGUGGACCCACCUGCUGGCGGUCCUGCUGCUCCUUGUCCGCUUCUUCAUCUUCCUGGGGACGGCGUCGCCUUUCCCCACCGUCUACAGCCUGCCUCUCUGCUUCUUUAUCGUGGCCUGUGUCGUUUACUUGUCCUGCAGCGUGCUGGCCCACCUCUUCCAGUCCAAGUCCGAACUGGCUCACUAUUCUUUCUACUUCCUGGACUACGUGGGGGUGGGCACCUACCAGUAUGGCAGCGCCCUGGCACACUACUACUACUGCGCCGAGACGGAGUGGUUCCAGAUGAAUCGCCCCUACUUCCUGCCCCUGUCUGCCCUCUUCGGCUGGCUCUCCUGCAUCGGCUGCUGUUACUCCAAGAUGCACUUCCAGCGCCCGUACCCCAUCACCCGCAAGGUAUGUCAGGUGGUGCCCGCCUUCCUGGCCUACGUCCUGGACAUUAGCCCCAUCGUGCACCGGAUCGGCACCUGCUGGGCUGCCGGGUGCGCCGACGAAGCCAUCUGGUACCACAGUCUGCAGAUCAUCAUGUUCGUGGUGGCCUCUUGCUUCUUCUCCUACCCCGUGCCGGAGAAGUACUUCCCGGGGAGCUGCGACAUCGUGGGGCAAGCCCACCAGAUCUUCCACGUCUUCCUGGCCCUGUGCACGCUGGCCCAGCUGGAGGCAGUGCUGCUCGACUACCGGGGCCGGCGUGAGCUGCUGUCGGCGCGGGGUGACCAGGACACCAUCUACACCGCCUGCAGCCUCUUCGUGCUGCUGCUGUUCUGCAGCGGCCUCUCGGCGCUCUACCUGCGUGGAGUCAUCAAGCGGCGGCUGCGGAAGAGAGGCGACUGAACGCCCGGCCGGGUGCCUGGCGCAGUCCCGUCUUUAUCUGAGGAUCUGUCUAUGCUCUAACAAAUUAAUGUUGUGUGUGAAUACAUGCAGAUCUCCAAGGGUUCAGCCGACUCCUGGCUUUGGUUUAUUGGUUGCCCGGAGGAAAGGGGGUUGGGGGAAUCCUGGAUCUGCCAUUGACUGGGGUUGUGGUAGAUCACCCUGCGGUGAUGGCAGCACACAGCUCUAAUAGAGUGGCUGAUAUAGGAGCUGUUGGAGCCAGCCCGCUAUUCCUCAGUACAUGGGCACUCAGGCCGGUGGUCUCCUCCGGGGGAUGCCUGAACAGCUGUACUGCAAAGAGUUCAGGCUGGGGGCCUCCAGGUCCUGCAGGAGAAGGAGCAUGAAAGCUGGGCUGUCCUUGCCCCAGUUAUGUGUGUGGGACAGUGAGGAAGUCACUCUGUUUCUAACCUAGAAGUGUGUGAAGGGACAAUGUUAGAGGAAACUUCGCUUUGUUUGUAACCCUGGAUGUGUAUGAUGGGACAGUGUAAAGAGAGCUUCAUUCCGUAUCUAACCCUAGGAAUGUGUGUCGGGAGAUCGUGGAGGGAGCUUCAAACACUGGGGCUGUCUGAUUGAACAGUGUAGAGGGAGUUUCACUCUAUCUAAUGUGCCCUUUGAGUGUGUGAUGGGGUGGUGUUAGUGGAGCUAUACUCUGUACCUAAUCCAUGCUGUAUCAUAGAAAAUUUCCAGCUAAAAAAAAACCUGGUCCUGAUGAAAUAGAGCACCCUGGCCUAAUCCUAUCUAGCAUCUGUCGGUCCAUAUCUCUACAGAUUACACGUCCAAGCUCCAAAAAAGCAGUGAGUUCUAGACUCGUACCACGCUCUGGAUGAAAAAAAUUACGUCAUCUCCCCUCUCAACCUUCCAGCGAUUAGGUUUUAAUCCAUAUCCCUUGGCUUUAUCAACCCUCAGUUUGUGUUAUAUAGUGACUUGAAUGUGAAUGUAAAAGGAAUCAUCUGUAGAUUACAUGAAAAUUAGUGGUGGCUUGGAUAGUGUGAAGAAGGUUGUCGAAGACAACACUAGGCUAUAGAUCAAAUGGAAAGCUGAGUAGGGUUUAGGCAGAUGAAAUUUAGUCUUGACCAGUGCAAGGUGAUUCAUUUUGAGAGGUCAAGGAAAGGUAGGAUGUGACCAAUAAAUGGUAGGGUGCUAAGGAUUGCUGAUCAACAAUGAUACCCUGGGUAGGAAGGAACUGCAGAUGCUGCUUUACACCAAAGAU